UGAGAUAAAGGUCAGGGGGGGGUAAAGUGAAACUUUCCAUAUAAAAUGUAAGUCCUGCGCGCCCUCUUGUAUCAAAGCCACCCACAUCGUUUGAAUUAAUUUCGUGGAACAUUAAGAACCCUAGUUUUUCCUCCCAAAGAAAUCACGGCCCCAACGCUUUCGACCGGACUCCGAACCCUGUAUCCAUCCCUAAUCUUUGUUCCUUGCGCCUGGGUCUCCAUGGAUCCCGGCGAGGGGAGGGAGCUCCCGAGCGCCGGCGAGCUCGACGAGGAAACGAUCGCGAGGAAGAAGUCCCGCCGGGUGAGCUUUGCCGACAUCACUGCUAUCCAUGUCUUCGACCGCGACGACGACUACGAGACUCCGCCGGACUCGAGGCAGGUCUCCGCCGAUGGAGGCGCGGACGUGGAGGCGGUAGGGUUCCACGAGGGUGUCCCUGACGGCGACGGUUCCAAGGGGUCGCUCCGUGGGCGGGAGGAUGAAGACGAUGACGAGAACGAGGAGGACGAUGAGGACGACGGCGAACAGGAGCGGUUGGUGUACGACCUAAAGCCCACCGAUUACUUGGACCAGCUGUGCUCGAUGGGCUACAACUCGACUCAGCUUGCCCACUUCACCGACCCGCCCUACGCUUGCCCUAAGCAGAAGAUCGAGGAGCACAACCUGAACUACCCCGUGAUAGCCUCCGCUAUCCUCCUCUCGGCUGCCGGCCGGACAGCGGAAAAGCUGAGCCUCCCGGCGCUGCAGUCCAAGAUGAAGUGCGACCCCGAGGGGUACGAGGCGGAGCUCCAACUCCUCUACCGCCACUUCGAGUCCUCUCUCCACCUCUUCCGCUGCCAGUCCGCCCUUAGGCCCUCCUCCGACCUCUCCCUGGCCAAGGAUCUCGGGGACUUGGUCAUGUUCAUGGCCCAUGUCACCCCUUUCUAUCCGGAUAAGCUUGCAAACUUCCCCCAACAGGUGGCUGACCUCCUCCGUGUCGAUUCCUGCGCCCUUCCGUCAUCGUUGAGGUGUCAUCUUGUGCAAGCCCUGAUCCUCCUCGUCAAUAGAAAGAUCAUUGAUAUUGAAGAAACUCUUGAAUUGUUUAUGGACCUUCAGAUUCUUGGUGACCGGACCUUAAGAAAACUGGCCUUUUCGCAUGUCGUACAUAACAUUCGACGCAUGAACCAGAAACACAAGAACGAAGCCAAGAAUCGCAAACUGCAGAAUACUCUUUUUUUUAUGCUGCAGGGGGCGGAGGAACAGAGGGCCAAAAGGUCGCUUGUUAUUCUUUGUGAUCUGCAUAGACGGAGGGUGUGGUUUGAUGAUCGUACAGCUAAUGCCAUUUGCACUGCCUGUUUCCAUUCGUCUUCAAGGAUUAUGAUAUCUACUCUCUCAUUUCUUCUUGGUUAUGAACAAAUUGAAGAGGAGGAUGACUGUGAAGCCUCAAGCAGUGAAGACGAUACAACUAGUCAACAGCCUAUUACUCUUAGCCGAGAAGCUAUUUACAAGGCAAAUCAUAAAGGUACGGUUGCCAGCAAGAAAAAAAAGAAGGCAAAGUUGCAGCGUGUGAUACGCAACAUGAAAAGGCAGCAGCGAAUAACAUCACAAAGUAACAGCUCCGGUUACUAUUCACCUCUUACUCAUUUAAAAGAUGCACAGGGUUUCGCUGAGAAACUGUUCUCUCGCCUUCAAAGAUGCAAUGAACGCUUUGAGGAUAGGAUGAUGAUGUUGAAAGUAAUAGCCAGAACUGUUGGAUUGCACCGUCUU